UGUUGGAUAUACUGCCUUUGAAUCCGGCCACAUAUCUUUCUAUUUAGAUAUUUAAUAUCCAUUUAAAAAAGGAAUGGUGUCUGCUGAAUGUGGUCUGAGACGGCUGCCAUGUCCCAAAACAUAAGGGCUUUAACCACUUUCAGAUCCUCUGCUUGUCUGAUGUCGUACUUGAUUUCCAAAGGAGGGCAGCAGAGAGCCUCGGUGCUGUGCAAAAUGUCACAUGACCUCCUGGGCCUAAAGCCUAAAGCACAGGACUUGAGUGUGCAUGCUUUAUUAGCACUAUGUUCAUCACUCGCUCCACCUCUCUUAUGUUAUCAGUCCUUUUUGUCCGUUUCUUUCUAGAACCGCCGGCCUGAUUCAACUGAUUGUUGGCUUUGGGAUCAUCAGGAUAUUUCAGCCAUGGCCGUGAGUCCCGGCCCCCGACGCUGUGGCAGCAUGAGUCCUGAUGGCAUCCUGACAGAGAUCCAGGUCAAUUUGCUGGAGUGUAAAGUCUGCUUCGAGAAGUUCUGCAGACAGCAGAGGGAUCGCAGACCACAGAACCUUCCCUGUGGCCAUGUACUGUGUCUGGAAUGCAUCACAGCUCUGUCCCACCCUCUCCUGAGGAAGCUGGAGUGCCCGUUCUGCCGACAGCUGUGCAGCGUUGACAGCACCUCCCACUGCCAGGUUCUCUGUGACCUGCAGGAGCUGCUGUUUUCCUGGAGUUCCACCUCCUCUGCUCCUCCUCACAGAGCUAAAGGAGGCCUUAGCUUGGCCACGGGAGUGACAUCCUCAGCUCUGCACCUCUCUGCAGCCUUUGGCGGCUGGGGGACUCUCAUCAACCCCACUGGGAUUGCUGUUUUAGGGUCCUCUGGGACAAUAGUGGUGGUCCAUGAUGGAGAGAAGAGUGUGGUGCUGUUUAGUCCACAGGGCAGAAAGCUGAAUUGUUUUGGGCAAAGAGGACAAGCCAGUGGAGAGCUGUGCUACCCAGUGGAUGUGGCGGUGACUCCCUGUGGUCACGUGGUGGUGACUGAUGCAGGGGAUAACGCUGUGAAGAUUUUCACCUCCAGAGGAAACCACGUGUUGACGGUCAAGGAUUCCUUCCAGAUGCCCUGGGGCGUGGCCACAGACAGCUGUGGGCACCUCCUGGUCACAGACGUCCAGGCGGGCACGCUGUUCCAUGUCAAAGUGGACUAUACUCGCGGCGUUACUCUGGAGCAUCAUGCAUCCAUUUCUGAGCUGCAGCAUCCAAAGGCUGUGGCCUGCUGUCAAGUGACAAGGAACACUGCCGUGAUGGAGCACUUAACGGAUGACACACAUCCACCAGAGAGGCACCGACACACAAGGCUGAAAGUGUUUAGCCAAGAUUUCCGCCUGCUCUAUCAAACAGACAGUUUCAGCCUGACCCUGCUCUCCACAGCCAGGCUUAACAUGUCAGGUGUGGCGUUCGACGCAGAUGGACACGUGCUCGUGACGGACUCUGAGAGGGGGAUGAUUUGGAGUUUGGGGAAGCUGCAGGACGGCCCGGUCCUCACUCCUCUUGUGGGAGACCACCUUAUCCGCCCAGUCGGCCUUGUGUCACUGAACAACAUGCUCAUCAUUCUGGACAGUGGAGACCACGCAGUAAAGAUUUAUUCUGCCAAAUCUGACACUGGAUCCACGAUACAGGCCUAGAGUAGCCGAUGUGAAAUGUUGCUUUUCAUAUUAUUAAGUUUCUAAAUAUAAGUAAAAAAAAAUGUGAAAAGAAUGUGUGCUAUGUGCUUUGAUGCUUUGUAGCACUGGAUGUGCAAUCAUGUCAAACUAAUAUUUUUGUCAUGUUGUUGUUGCCCAAAAUGUAUAAAAAAACACUGGAUACUUUGA